AUGGUUGCUCACCGUCGCGGCCCUUGGUCGCAACAUGAAGACCGCUAUCUUAUUGAACUCGUGGGUCGAAAUGGCCCGCACAACUGGGUUCGAAUCUCACAGGAAAUCACAACACGAUCACCGAAGCAGUGUCGGGAAAGAUAUCACCAAAACCUUAAACCUUCGCUGAACCACGAGCCCAUUUCUCCGGAAGAGGGCGAACUGAUCGAGAAGUUGGUUGCCGAGAUGGGCAAGAGAUGGGCUGAGAUCGCACGGAGACUCAAAGGCCGCAGUGAUAACGCCGUCAAGAACUGGUGGAAUGGAGGACAGAACCGCAGGAAGCGCAACCCAGAGCGUGACCAGCCGUCUCACACACAAAUGCACCACCCGCAAGCCGCAUACCACUACCCCGCAGUAGCACGCUCCAUUCACCACGAAGACGAGAGUCAUCGCCUUUCUUAUUCCUCGUCGCGGCGGACCUCACUCAACCCGCCAAUGCAUUCACCUAAUGCGCUCAAGCUUCCUCAGCCGCAGGGUUUUGAGCCUUACGCUGGUGCGCGGCCAGCACCCCUACAGCUCCAACCGUAUCCCUCACAUUCAGCGCGGGGACGUGGGGUUGAGACGCCCAUGCCGUCGCCCUCUGGGUACUCAAUCGUCUCCGCAGAUGGUGCGCCUUCAUUGAUCACGGACACCGGCUCAGAGUCACGCUCACCUCGCGGUGCAGCCUCUCCUCUUGAUCUCACUCUUGCUCCCCUAGUAGGUAGCCGGGAUGAGCGUAGGAAUUCAUGCACCCGUUACCUACCCCAAAUGGGCUUUGCGAAUGAGGAUGAUGACCACACCCCGUAUGAUUACCGACGCCGCGGGUCUGUUCAGCUACCGCCUCUUGCCAGCGCUGAGAACAGGACCGCUACACCUUUCAGAGAACCGGCUCCAAAGCAAGCGUACAGGAUGGAAAGGCCGCAAUUGCUCACACAACCUGCGCAUCAGCUUGUGCAUCACCACUCUCUUCCCUACUCGGCGCCACUCCCUGAGCAACGACCACUGCCGCCUUUCGCCACUCUGGCGGACUCAGGUCGGGUCCUGCUUCCUUCUCCCAUGCACACGAGCCCGUCCUCAAGGCAACUUCCGUCGCCCUUUGCGCGCGCGGCACAGCCAAGUGAAACACAGAGCGCACCUGUUUCGCCCAAGGACAAGGCCCAAGACAGCCGCAUGGACCUUCGGUUCCUCGCAGUGUGA